AUGGCCACUGUCCCUCUUGGUGCCCAUCUCGGUGUGUCCAUCCAUCUCUUGCCGCCGAGUGCCGAGCUGAUCUCCAUGUCCCAUGCCCCAGCCCCAGCCGACCUGCCUCCACCUCCACCUUCCGCAGACCCCCGCGAACCCUCUGCAGUCGCAUCAGCUCGACGCAGUGGUGCCCGCACCCCCCAACGGGCCCGCUCCCCCAUAUCCCCCCGGGAUGUAUCCCUCGUGAGAAACAGCAACAGGUCUCCCGUCUCUGACGACGCAAUGCUCCAGCCGUUCCCCAGGGCAAGCCCCGCGGUCGGAACACCGCCCCCGCAGAUACCGCUCCAGGCCUCUUUGGGAACCCUGGGCCAUCACUUGUCGAGACCGAGCUCCCCUUCGUCUAUUCACUCGUCGGGGUCAGCCAUCUUUGAAAGGGACAUUGAGCAUCCCCCUUUACCCUCCCUCGCGCUCGGUGCCAACCCGCCUCAUUCCCCGCAUACGCUCAACCACAAGCCGAGCCGCGUACUCCAUCUAUCCCACGGUUCCAACUUGGAUCACACUGUCCCGGCAGUGCUGGACGAUGCCGUUGAGGCUUUGACCCUAGGCGGGGCUACCAGUCGAGGUCUGGAGGGUUUAGAGAUUGAGGCGCCAACGGGCAACCCAGCUGGGGUGACACGUCCGAGCUCUACCAGCUUGACCAGCUCGGCCGGACGCAAGCUCUCCACCGGGCCCAGUGCCGUCUGGUAUCCUCAUUCCAGGAGUCCCUCGCCCGUCAGUAGCAACUCCCGUCCUUCGUCGGUGGCUUCUCCUCACCAGUCGCCGCCCAUAUUGGCCCAGCUGUCGCCUUCGCAGACGUUCACUGCUCCGCCCGCGACUUUUGGUGCCGGGCGGGAUAGUCCUGCGAGCCCCACGUCGCCUACAGCGGCUACUGCUAGUGUGCCAAGGCCUGCCGCGCCUCGAAGGAUCAGUACGGGUCCUCAGCUCCCUGGUGGCUGGGUCAAGGACAGCACAAUCACUCCUGGCGAAGAGCGCUCCUCCGAUGUCCCAGCUCCCACCGCCGUCCCUCCCCUCUCUGGAUCCCCAUCUCCUUCUGCCGUCCCUCCCCACCUCUCCCCCUCCAAAUCGAAGCCGCACCACCGCCUCUCCUUUGUCUCUUACAACGACAUCCUCCUCUCCGUCCCCACCCAAGUCACCUCUUUCGGCGAGAUCACUUCUGGCACCGUCUCUCCGGACCACUUGCCUGGAACCGUCUCCCCCAGUUUGAGUAGCAGCAGUCCCGCGGUGGGGCAAGGACAGGUACCCAGUUUGAAUGGGUUCCCUAGUGCGGCGAACUCGCUCCCUACUCGGCAGGAUGCGGGGUCGCCAGUCCCUGCUUCGUCCUUGACGUCUGCCGCUGCUGCUGCGGGGGCGACAGGUGAACCGAAAGAGGGCUGGGAGGCUGGACGAGGUGGGAGUGGAGCAUUAGGCUUGGGCGAGGGGGAGUGGCAGAGAGAAGGGCUGGGUAAGGGCUUGGAGCAGAGGUUGGAAGAUCUUGCUCAGGUUGAGCCCCAGGGGCAGGCUGCGCCUUUGGCUUGA